UGUAUCUGCCACAAUAGCCGUGCAAUUGCAGCGAAUUACAGUGACAUUUUUUUCAAGUGGUUUCACAUGCCGCCAACAACAAUUUACUCAUCACUCAGACGCCGUCUUUGAAUGGAAAUUGAAGCGUUGAAAUGUUAACAAAACUGCCGUUACCAGCUGUCAUCGGCGUAUUUUUACUAACCGCAACAAUAGCGGUAACAACAGUAACAGCAACCACAAUUACAACAACAACAGCAGCAACAACUGCAAGAGUAAACAGUAUCAACGGUGCUACAACGUCACUGGAAAAAGUAACGGGGGUAACAAGAAGUGCAAAUGGCAGUGGAAGUGGAAAUGGAAAUGGAAGUAGAAAUACAAGUACAAGUACAAGUGUAAAAGAUGUUCCCGUUGCGGUGCUAGAAGCCAAAAAAUCUAACCCGGAAAACGUUGCUGAGUUAGUAGGUGGGCGACCGGCCGAAACGACAACAUCACUACUGCCACUACAACCGCCAUUGAAUUUGACAAGCACCACAACAAGCGUAUUCCUCACGCCAACAUCUGGCAGCACAGCAACGAAACAUCAAUUGCCAAACUCGACACUGCCGCAGCAGACACAACAAUCAAGGCCGCAGUCGCAGUCCCGUUCUACUCAACCCUCAGCGCGUAAUAAUUCAACGCAGCAAGGCUCGGCUAGGCGCUCAACGCAAGUACGCACUUUAAGAAAAUCAAAUUCCAAUGCUGAGGAGGCUAAUGUUGUCAAAAAUGACAGUAACACAUUGCAACAUGACAGCACGAAAAAGGCUCGUCCACACAUCAGUCAAUUGACACCAGCACCCGUAGUCGAGAUUCAAAUAGAAGAAGAUCCCAGAAGAGACGUUGAGUCCCCCGGUCAUUUGCUUGAGUCAGCCGGCUACAUACAAUUUGAUGUAAACGAUGAAGAUGGCAGCGUUAGUGCCGCUACCACACCGACACGAGCCACCCGCAUGGAUACUGUGAACGAAGUGCUCUCCAAUCUUUUUCCUAAUGGUUUUACAGACAUCUUUCGCUUUAGCUAUGCCUCAGAGCAGCCGACGCCAGCGCAUGCUGUCGCAACGGAUUCAGAAGAGCCGCCUAAGCACACAACAACAACAGCGCCAACGCUUGAGACAAAGUUAACGCCAGCACCCAGCAGCAGCACCACGACAACGACAACCACAACAACAGCAGCAUCGAAUACUCCACAACCACGUGGGUCACGUGAGCCACGUGCGCAGACUUUAGUCAGCUAUCAGACAAGCGUCUCGAAACAGUAUCGCCGCAAAUCACGUCCAGGACACACUGAAAUCGUGGUGGAGAAACUCGAUCUGUUACCACGUGGCACCAGCAGCACUGGUAGCGGCGAAUUCAGUGACGGCAGUAAUCUGAUUACCAAAGAUGAUUUGCUACGGAUCAAUCGAGCAGCGGCAGAGGCGCCGGUAUUACCGAGCUUGUUGAUGAACCCCAGCCCGAAACAAGAUAAUAAAACAGCGACCGUUGAACAGUCGCCGAAUAGGCAGGCGCCCAUAAUUAUACUGAACGAUGACGAUAGCGGCGACAUGGAAGGUAUCAGCGCGGAGGAUAACCUCAUCGCAGAGUCGCAGAAUGUUGGACAGCGCUUGUAUCAACGGCUGCCGGUUGACGAUAAGCCGCAUGGCCGCAAGGAGGGUGGACUGAGAGACCGCGCGGCACCCGAGUCGGAGGUGAGCAUACAAAUAGUGCAUGGCGAGUCACCUUACUUGACUGCAUCGAUAAACGGGCGACCGAUUUUUGUACCAGAACAGCAACAGUCAGAGCCACAAGAAAGUGACGGUGAAGUAGCGACAUCCCUGAGGGCGUCUGAAGCCGUGCCGCCGGCUCAGCAGCUGGACACCUUCCAGGAACAUGCAGAGCAAAGUUUUCGUCACCUGAAUCUGGUACACGAAGCGCCUUCAAGGAAGUUCUUGCGGAACUUCAAUCCGGUUUUGUCCGCAGGUGCGGGUACAUCGACACCUAGAGGUACGUUCCACUACGAAGCGCAUGCGCUGCAGCCAAGUUAUUACGUACGGGCAGCUGAAGUGCCAGCCAGCAAGCAGGAGGGGCAAGCACCGGAGCAGGGUCAGAAAAGCGGCGGCAUUUCAGGCAAAAUCCCAGGACAAGCAGAGCCUUCAACUGUUGCCGCCGACCCACCACAGAGUCCUCGCCUUCCGUUGCAGCACUACGACAAGGAUGCCGCCCAGCUGCGCUAUUUGAAGGAGCAACAAUUUUUACAACAACAGCAGCAAAUACUGCAACAAAAGCAACAAUUUCUCUUGCAACAGCAACAACAUGAACAGCAACGGCAACAACAUGAAAGGUUAAUACAGCAACAGGAGGAGUUGCAGCGGCAAGAGAAGCAGCGACAGCAGUAUGAGCAGCGGCAACAGCAACAGCAGCAGCAACAACAACGGCAAGCGUCCCAAACUCAUCAGCAGCAACAACAAGAACUGCAACAAUUCCACAAACAGCUUCAGCAACAAUACGAACAGCAACAGCCGCCGUUGCAGCAACAAUACGCGCUUUUCCAGCAGCAUCCACCACCACAUGAGUACAAACAAGAGCGCGAGCAGCAACAACAAGAGCAUUACACAAAGCAGCGCCAACAACAACAAAGGGAGGAAAAAGAGAGGGCACGUCAGGAACAACAACGCUACGAAGAGCAAAUAAGGCAGCAGCAACAACAAGCGGAACGAGUGAAGCAACAGCAAGUGCAGCAGCAACAACGUGUGGAAGCACAAAUACAGCAGCAACAGCUACAAAAACAGCAUGAACAGCAGCAGCAACAACGUGUGGAAGCACAAAAACAGCAUGAACAGCAGCAGCAGCAACAACAAAAACAACAGCGCCAGCAAAACCAGCAAACCCAGCAACAGCACUACUCAAGUCCUUCUAAGCCACUUGAGCCGGCUUCCAAGUCACACGCUCAAGCAGCUAGCGACUCAGAGCCUGCCUCCGCCUCCUUGCAGCAUCGAACAUACCAACAUCCGCUGGACGCAGCACACCAACAGAGCGCCCCAGCCACGCCCACGCCGCAUAGCGUCGUCUUUGUAACGCUACACACGUCCGCUACGAAAGCUUCCCAACCAGCUUUCGCACAGCAUUCACCAUACGAGUACGUCUCUGAAGCCGCUGGAUCGGUGACGCAGUCACAGCAACCCCAUUCAGCACCACCGACGCCAGCGGCCAUAACUAAGCGACCACAUGGCGGCUACACCUUUGUCGAAGUGCAAAAGUCGGUGAAUAUACACAAUAAAUUGAUCACUGAGAGGGAUGGAAAGUUGGUGGAGGCGCACGAGACAAUUUAUCCGCUACCGCAGUACGUAACUCAGCAGCCGCAAGUCACAAAAGUGCAGCAAGUAGCAAAGCCUGCACCGGCACCGCAGCCGCAGCCACAGCUACAGCCACAGCCACAGCCACAGUCACAGCCACAGCAACAUCAGCCACCAGCGCAUGCACACCAACCGGCAGCUUCCCACGCCGAGGUUCCACCCUCCCACUACCCCUUGCAAUAUGCACAACAAUUGGCCGUGCUGGAAGAGGGUGUCCACCCAAAUGACUACUACUUUGUGUCCAAAGAUUACGCGUCGCUCUCAGCCAAUCCAAUCAACGUGCAGCACAUCGAUGAGUUAGAGCAGCAAGAAGAAGCAUCGUCCUACUCACACCUGGAGGCAAAUCCACAGCAGCAGUACGUGCAGUAUGUAUCACAUUAUGUGCAACAACCCGCCGAGCAACCGGUCGAACAACCGCAACAUGCGCGUGCACAGCCUAGUGAACAGGUGAUCCAACAAGUUGCCACAGAGACGCACGAAGAGCACCACCAGCCAGCAGCAGAGAUGGACAUCGUCGAAAAGGCAGUAGAACAUCAGGUUGAGAAGAUCGUGGAACGUCCAGUGCACAUACCAUACCCGGUGCACGUACAACAGUACAUCGACCGCCCCUAUCCUGUGCAGGAGAUAGUCGAGACGCAUAUACCCGUACCCUAUCCAGUCCCGGAGCCAGUACCCGUGCCCGUGCACGUCGAUCGCUACAUUGACCGCCCCUACCCAGUGGAGAAGAUCGUCGAGAAACGUGUGCCCUACCCUGUAGAGAAGGUUGUCGAAAAGAUCGUGGAAAAGGAAAUACCCAUCGAAGUUGAAAAGAUAGUCGAAAAAGUCGUCGACCGUCCAGUGCCCGUACCCAUUCGUGUGCCUGUUGCUGUGCCCGUGCCGUAUGCGCAUCAGCCGCUGCCCGUCGAAUACGAUGAACAAGCGGAAAUUUUCGGAAACUCUCCCUACCACGCACAUCCCAAUGCACUUGGCUGGAACGAAGCCACAAGCUUUGCGGACUUUGGUGGCCGCGCACCAAUGGUGCAGCAAAUACCACCGAAGGUGCUGCAGAACUACUAUACGCGCAUGUUGAAAAAGUUGCUACCGAAAGUAUUGCCACAGCGAGGCGCGGCCCCUGCGUUAGCAACCACCGCUACAACCGCAGCCUAUACCCAUACACAGGCGCGGCCUAAAGCACCUGCGGCUAGCAGCACAACAACGACUGCGUCUUUUAAGUCGCCUAAGUCGCAAAAGGCAAACACAGCAAGUGGCACAUCGGCUAAGCAACACACCUUCAAGAUCGGCGACAUGCGCUUCGACUUGAAGCCGCCACCACCACCGCCCACGGGUCCGGAAUGGUCGAAGGGUGCGCGCUACAUUUACAACACUUUGCCGCACGAUCUAUCCGUGGCGGACUCGUCUGCUGCGGAGCAGUUGACCGAUACAUAUGCUGGCCCCUAUGUGCCACUCAACGAGCCAUAUGAUGAAUUUCAACGCUGGCGUAAUGGACACAGUUUGAAGCGAAGUCCACAAUUUGGUAGAAAUCUGCAAAUGGAGUAUGGCUUCAAGCCGCCGCUAGUGCCUUCUGUGGAGAUCAACGAUCAGGGCAUACCAUUGCAUGCGGAAGAAAAGAAGGCGGAGUGAGGAAAGGGAGUUGGAGACUGGAAAUUGGAUGUUAUCCAAAAAAAGAACAUGGUGCAAGCAUGAAAGUAAAGGAACUGCAAAAUAUACGUAUCAACAUAAGCUGAAAUUUAACAUAAAAUAUUUAAGUUUUAUUUAAAUGUUUAGUAUGAUUAACUUAUGUAUUUAAAUACUGUGCCAAAAUAUUUUUUUUUUUACUUUAAAGACAGAAAGACUAUCACGGUGGAGUACGGAGAGUCCCUGGGUUAGGGAUUUCCUUAUAGAAAAAUGGAAGACAUUCUUUUCUUGAUAUGCACGGAACCGACACAGUGAUUUCUUAGACACGAAGAAUUUAACAAAAAUGUCAACUUAAAAAAAUUACUAAUUUUACC